CUCGCUGAUUCCGCCAGCAUCCCGUCAUGCCCCACGGGGCAGUCGAGACGUAGCCUCCCAGCCAGCUCGGACGCUAGAGCGGCAGCGGCAGGCCGACCAUGUCCGAGAAGAAGCAGCCCGUGGACCUGGGGCUCCUGGAGGAGGAUGACGAGUUCGAGGAGUUCCCGGCGGAAGACUGGGCUGGUUUAGAUGAAGACGAAGAUGCACAUGUCUGGGAAGACAAUUGGGAUGAUGACAAUGUAGAAGAUGACUUCUCCAAUCAGUUAAGAGCUGAACUAGAAAAACAUGGAUACAAGAUGGAGACCUCAUAGUUUUCAGUGAAGAUGGAAUAAUCUAAAAUUGAACUGUAGAUUGAAUUGUUGAAAAAAGAAGACAGGCUGGGACAUGAGAUGAUACAUUCAAUCCAUUAUCAGUUUGCAUUGAUUUAUUUUGGUUUUGUAUAAAUAAUAAAAAUUUUAAUCUAAA